GGCGAGAGUGACCCAACUGAGGUCACCGUGUCCCCGAGGAGGGUGGGCAGGAGGGGUCCCAAUCCCCUCCCCGUGUGCCCUCGGCCUGGCAUAGCCCAGCACUGGCCCUACUGCACUGUGUGGUGGAUGAGGGGGGCUGCUGCCCCAAGGCGGGGCUUUGCUGGUUCCCUGAGGGCCGCGUCGCUCUGCAGGGCAGGAAGUGGCAGAGGAAAGCAGAAGUGCUGCAGCGUGGGGCCGCUUUUGUUCCUAACCCCCAUUUCCUCUGCGCGGGGCUCAGGGUGUGCUGAGCUGGGUGCUGGCAGCUCUGAGCACGCUCAGUACCUGGAGCCAGAGGCAGCAGCCGUGGGGCAGGAUGGGGGAUUGGAGCUUGUCCAUCAGCUCGCUGGGAGAGGAGGUGGUGGCCCAGCUCUGUGAGCUCCUGGACACAGCCAGCCGGGGCUGGCGCAAGCUGGCCGAGGUGGCCGGGGCAGAGAAACGCUUCAAGUGCAGUGAGGAGGAGCUGGAGAUGUGCUCGCUGAAGGUGCUGGAGCCCCUCGGCAGCCCCACACAGAGCCUCCUGCAGCUCCUGGCUGAGCGUGAGUGCAGCCUCCGGUACCUGUGGGGCUGCCUGCACAGGAUGGGGCACACGCAGGCCUGCCAGCUCCUCAACAGUGCUGUCCACGACGUGAUUCGCAUCACGGUGCAGCCGGAGUCACAGGUGGUGGCAGAGGGGACGCGGGUGUCCCUGACCUGCUGGGCUACCGGCCCACCAGGGCUCACCUACCAGUGGUUUUGUGGUAAGCAGGAGGUGCCUGGAGCCACAGCCCCGGAGCUGAUGGUCGACACGGCUGCACCUCCAGGACUGCCCCAGUGGUACAUCUGCCGUGUGAGCUGCGGGGCUGCCUUUGCCUUCUCCAGGUGGGCUCACAUCCAAGUGGAGAGGAGCCACAGCCCCGAAUCAGCCAGCGGUUACUGCCCCAGCAUGGCGGGGCUGCAGAUCCUGCAGCAGCCACAGCCGUGCCGCCUGGCUGAGGGGGACCCUCUGGUGCUGGAGUGCAGAGCCCUGGGGAACCCACCGCCGCAGUACCAGUGGUUCAGGAACCGGCGCCCUGUGGAGGGUGCACGAGGACCACGGCUCCAGGUGCAGCUGGUGACGACAGCUGAGCGGGGCACGUACUCCUGUCGUGUGUUCAACCUCUUCCACGAGCUGUGGAGCCAGGAGGUGGAUGUGGAGAUCGGCCCGCGGCUCUUUGCCUCUGGAGCCCCCUGGCAGGAAGGGGAUGGAGGUAGGUGCAGGUGGUGGCAUUGUCCCAUCGCUGUGCUCGGGGCCGUUGCCACCAUCUCUCUCUUUGCAGACUCCCCGGAGCCCGGCAACCCCAACCAGCUGUAUGCCACCGACAAAGUGGCACUGCUGGUGGGCAACAUGCACUACCUGCACCACAAAGACCUGCGGGCGCCCAUGGUGGAUGUGCACGCGCUGAGCGCGCUGCUGCGGCAGCUCGACUUCAAGGUGGUGUCACUGCUGGACCUGCGCCGGGAUGAGAUGCAGAUGGCAGUCGAUGAGUUCCUGCUGCUCCUCGACAAAGGGGUCUACGGAUUGCUGUACUAUGCUGGACACGGCUACGAGAACUUUGGCACCAGCUUCAUGGUGCCCAUCGAUGCGCCCGGCUCCUACACCUCCGCCCACUGCCUGUGUGUGCAGCACGUGCUGCAGCGCAUGCAGCAGCGCCGCACCGGCCUCAACAUCUUCCUGCUCGACAUGUGCCGCAAGAGGAACCUCAAUGAUGACGUCCUCCCGCAGGUCGGGGCGCUGGAGGUGACGGCCAACAUCGUCUUUGGCUACGCCACAUGCGCGGACGCCGAAGCCUAUGAGCUGAGCCAGGGCGAACUCUCCAAUGGUGUCUUUGUCACCUUCCUCAAGCGCUGGCUGCUGGAGGACGAGAAGAUCACGGUGCUGCUGGACAAGGUGGCCGAGGACAUGGGCACGCUGGAGCUGACGCGGGGCCGCCAGGCGCUGGAGCUGCGCAGUAACCUGUCGGAGAGGCGGGCGCUGACCGACCCCAUUCGCUCCUUGGGACGGGCUGAGACCUCUGCCAGGAACCUGCAGUGGGCCAAGGCUCACGUCCUCCCAGAGAGUCGCCACCUCUGCUUCGACUGCGGUGUCACCGUGCAGCUGGGCUUUGCUGCUGAGUUCUCCAACAUCAUGAUCAUCUACACCCGCAUCCUGGCCGCCCCUGGGGACAUCACUGAGUGCAUGGCCAAGCUCACCGACCUCCCCGAGGAGCUGGACGUGGACCUGAAAUACACCAACCGGGAGAGCCCCGAGGAGCUGGGCAGCCCCUUGGUGCCCACCUGGAGCCUCGCCUGUCCAUCCUGCUGCCUCUACAGCCGCCUCUGUGGGCUGCAGAGAUUGCGGCAGGAGCUGACCUUCACCGUGUGCCUGCAGUUCCGCUACCGCGGCGUGGCCGACUUUGUGGAGGAGCGGCGGGCGGUGAGUGUGGGGCGGCCGCUCAUUGCCAAGCUCAAUCUGAGUCCCCAGGACCCCGGCACGCCGCCCACCUCGGGGGGGUCCGGCAGCCCCCUGUCCGCAUCGCCCCCCGGCAGCUGGGGGAACAGCCCUGAGGAGAACCUGAGCCCCGAGGUGCACGGAUCGCAUGGGGUGUAAGGGGGCACGUCUGUGUACGGGGCACUGGCACCCCAUAUAGAGAGCAGUGUCACCCUGUGUGCAGGGCACUGCCAUCCCAUUGUAGGCAGGGCUGUGCCACCCCAUACGCAGAGCAACGUCACCCCACAUACAGGGCCGUGCCUCCCCAUACACAAAGCUGGGUCACCCCAUAUGCAGGGCAGGGCCACCCCGUACACAAAGCUGUGUCACCCUAUUCACAGUACACAGCCACCCCAUAUUCAGGACAGUGCCAGCUCCGUGUCCCUUAGCAGGGCAAUGAACCCCAUACAUGGGGAGGUUCCACCCCAUAUACAGAGCAAUGCCAGUCUCAUGUAUCCUCACAGGGCAGCGCCACCCCAUAUGGACACCACGGCCCCCCAUGUACCCUGGCAGCUGUGGGGUGGGCAGGGGGCAGGGCUGGGUGCUGCAGCUCAGCAAGGCGUCGCACCGGGGCGGGAUUGGGCUCAUUCAGGCCUAGGAGAAAUAGAGAGAAAUAAGCAGAUUAGGGGGCAAAUCCCACUGGGGGGGGAUGGGAGGGGAGGAGUAGAGAGCUCCCGCAAGGCCGUGGGGUGAAGAUUUUGGGGAACGAUUGAAAUGUGGGGUGGGGAGGAGGAAGAACGCCUUUCUGCUCCGAUGACAGGAGCCGGGGGCCCUCGCUGCUGUGCGCCAAUGCUGUGGGGCGGCAGUCGGGGCCCCUCGACCCAAUUAGGGUGGGCUAUGGGGCAGCCCCCUCCCCGCCGCCCACCCUUUGUUGGCCGAGGGCCGCCCGGGCGUCGCGGCGGGGUCGGCGCCAACCUCUGCCAUUAUGUCAUGCGAAAGGCGCAGCCCCCAUUCAGCGCGUCCCGUCCCCCGGAUCAAACCCCAUUACUUCCACAGCCGUUGCUUCAUUAUCUCCCGCGCCGAGCACGCCUCUGCCCGUGGCCCAUUAGCUGGGCUGGGGGGCCGGGGGAGCAUCGAUUAUGCGUUUAAUGGGUUGUUAAAGGUUUAAUUAUCGCUAACGAAGCAGAUGAGCAGCAGCAGCCGGGGGACGGGGACCAGGAGCCGGGUCCCCACGGGGUCAGCGCGCGGCCCGGACGGUGUCAGCAGGAGACCCCGAUGCCACCGCGGCCACGGGUGCAGCUCUGCCCAGUGUUUGGCCCCAACCGACCCCAUCUGCCCCGAAACGUUCCACGUUUGGAACCCUGAAGCCCCCACGUGUGCCAUCGUCCCCUUGCCGCCCCAACGUUGCCGACCGCACGCCGUCCCCAGCGCCAUCAUGGGGCAUCUCAGCACCGCCGCCCUUCCGUCCGCGCUCCUAUCGGGACCCCGCUGGCCCCAUUGGGGCUGAGCCCCCCCCCUUCUGCCCAGCAAUUACGGCAGCUUUGUGCCACUGGCACCGCUGGAGAGCAAUUAGGGCCGGAGUGACGGCGGAGCAGAUUCCCCCUGACAAGCAGGCGGGACACGGGCUGGGAUUCGGUCACCCAUGUGUGGGGACGGCAGCGUUUCCCCGCAGAUGCAGGCUGUGGGUGAUGCUGAAGUGGGUUUCCCCAUCGCCGAGCGGAGCACCGCGUCCCGCUCUUCUCCUUACCCACCGCACGCCCGUCUCCCACAGCGCACCCAACGCGGCUGAAAAAACAACAGCCCCUGGUU